UAGGUGGACAUUGAGGCUGGUUGAAUUCAACGGGCUCGGUUCCGUGAACCAUUUGUUCCAAAGUCAAUCUUGAGCAGACAUUGGCCGUUUCAUCGUCGAAAGGCUGGUCUGAUCCUUGGCUGAUAGAGCAUCUCUCGUCGUCGGCCUGGAAUGCUUGAUCACGACUUUCCAUCAAUACACCACAUUACUUCCCACACAACACAAUAUGGACGACCCAGCGACACCACCUUUGGUCGCAGACUUCAGUCCUGUUCACAAGUUUCAGAGGCCACAGUUUGAAGAUUUGCCGCUCCGCGAAGGUGACCCCAAAUGUUCGGCAUGGGGCUUAUGGGGAGAUGAGGAUGAACUUGGCACGUUGAACCUUCUUACUCCUGAUGUUGUCGCCCGAGCCUCGAGGGAAGCGCGCAAUGGCAUCGUUGUACCCUUGAGCAUUCCCCUUGAAUCGCCGCUGCUACCGAUGAACCCGAGAAGAACGCCGUGCGCCCAUAACAUCAUCGCCAAGGGCUAUGCCAACGACGACGAAGUCCAUCUCAACACUCAAGCGUCAAGUCACUGGGAUGGCCUGCGGCAUUAUCCAUACCAAAUUGAGUCCGAACAUCGCUAUUACAAUGGUGUCACGACGGAAGACAUUUCAGGGCCCAACCGAAAUUCCAAGAUUGGCGUGCAAAACAUGGCGCGGCACGGCAUCGUCGGUCGCGGUGUUUUGUUGGAUUGGCGAGAGUAUGCAAAAAGAAAGGGAAUAAAAUACUCUCCCUUCUCAAGUCAUGCCAUUCCGCUAGAGCAACUGCUAGAAGUGGCUGAAUCUCAAAGGGUUGAAUUUUUCCCAGGUGACAUCUUGAUAAUCAGAACAGGAUGGACAGAAGAGUACAACAAAUUGACCGAUGCAGAAAAGUUGCAUUUGGCGAGACGAGAGCAAAGAUGCUUUGUGGGCGUUGAAGCAAGUGAAGAAAUGAUCAGAUGGCACUGGGACCGUCAGUUCGCGGCAGUCGCCAGCGACACUAACGCAUAUGAAGUCUGGGGGGCACCUUCCAAACCUUGGGGCAUUGCUUGUCAUGAGGUGUUCCUUAGCGGCUGGGGCAUGCCAAUUGGCGAAGUCUGGGACCUGGAGACGCUGUCCACAACGUGUCAGGCAACAGGGCGGUGGACUUUCUUGCUGACUAGCUCUCCGUUAAAUCUGGACAGCGGCGUGGCCAGUCCCUCAAACGCCAUCGCUAUAUUUUGACAAACACUUCCAAUCUGUGUCGGUAUAAUAAUUUCCACUAUAUUGCAUUCAUAGCCACUCCCACGAGUACUACGACAUGCGUGAUCACUCAAAGUUGUUGGUAAGUGUCCACCUCGGUAGGACCAUGUCAAAACCCCCUGGGCCUUUGCCCUCUCCACAGGCUUGGUCGCUAUGAUACCGAACCUGUGUCUGACCCCACGAAUUCUGGUCGAAGCUUGGUCUUGGUCUUGGUGGCCGGGGAUAUAUACGCGAUAGAUCGAAGGGCAUCUCAUAGUUUGAUUUGGAUCACCAAGGAACAGAAGAAACAAGUUUCAUCAUGGGCAGCAUCGACUAUUCAGACUUCAGAAUCUUGACACCAUGUGCCAUCUUAGGCUAUGGGUUCAGAAGCGACCACUUCUGGCUGGGCAUCGACAAAUACAAGCCCGCUGCUAUCGUCGUUGAUGCAGGUAGCACCGAUGGCGGACCAUAUAA